GGGGAUGGCUCGGGGAGCUGCGCUCGUCCUCGUCGAUAAUCGAUAGACGGAUGCAGGUAUAGCCUUCCUCCCUACACACGCAGCAGCAUCCCCACGCAUCCUUACUCCACUGUGGAGCCUCUCUUCUUCUUCCCUCCCCAUCGCCACACACAGGAGGACAAAAAAAAAAAAACCGCUCGCGAGGGGGCCUCGCCUAUUGAUCUCUAAACAUCUGGAACACCUCAUAUUUGUUUUACAAGGCAGAGGCGAACAGUCUGUGCCCGAGACAGAGGAGUGAGGCAGCAGCAGCAGCAGCAGCAGCAGCAGGACGGAGCACUUGACACCUUGCUUCACGGCAUCGAUAUGCAGUAGCGUGAUACCAGCUCUGCGGAGACGGGAAGGCCAGUCCAUGGCAUCUUGAUAUCACAACCGUGGGCUCUGCGCAUUCCUCACCGACGGCGUAGUCUCUCUCUUUUUUUCCUGCGGAGUCGGAAGGAUUAACUUGGCGAGAUAAAGGCGGCGAGGGAGGAAAUCUUGCGAAUAAAAUUCCAUUUGAUCCGAUUCUGUUUGGGGGAUUCGCGGGAGAUCAUUGGACCUGCGAUGGACUCCAGCGCGGGGGAAUAUGGCAUGGCUCGACUUGGAUUGUUUUUGGUUUUGAUGGGGCUGUGGAGGUCUAGCGAUGCCUGCCCCGCAUCCUGCACUUGCAGCAUCUCAAGGAUUGUUUGUAUUGAUUCUGUGCCGGGGAUCGAGGAUUUCCCCGUGCUCACGUUAGAUGACAUGGAGAACAUCACCGAGAUAUACAUUGCGAAUCAGAACAGACUGUUUGACAUUAACGACAACAGUUUGAGGCACUACAUAAACCUCAGAAACCUAACAGUGACGAAGACACGAUUGACAUCAAUAUCGUCAGAUGCAUUUUUCAAUAAUACAAGACUUCAAUAUGUAAAUCUCAGAGACAACAAUCUUUCGACCCUGUCAUGGAGAAUAUUUCAGAACUUUAACUCGACACUUCCGCUCGUCCUGUCUGGAAACCCUCUGGAUUGUGUUUGUGAGAACUUGUGGAUCAAACUGAGGAUCCAAGAAGAUGCCGAUAGUCAAGAUCUGAAAUGCACAGAUGACAGAGGAGAGACUUCGUCCUUUUCCACUCUCACUCCACCGGAUUGUGUGGUUCCCAGAGUAGAGGUCUCCCCGAAAAAUGUGACCAAGAUGCAGGGGAGUAAUGUCAAAGCUGUGUGCACCGCCACAGGCUCCCCUCUUCCUGAAAUCCUGUGGAACCUCGAUUUGCUCUCUAGCCACCAUGAGAUUGAUCCUCUGGAAACGCAGAGCACACUCACCUUGUCAGGCCUGUCUCCUGAUGAUAAUGGCAGGGUGAUCAUAUGCAGCGCUGAGAACAUGGUCGGUCAGAUGGAGGCCACCCUUCAGCUUAAUAUUCUCUUUGCCCCCACCAUCCAGCAGCUGCUGGAGCCAGAGCAGAACCACCACUGGUGCAUCCCGUUCAGCGUGACAGGGAACCCCAAGCCUGAGCUGCAAUGGUACCAUGACAAUGCGCCACUCGAGGAGCAGGACUACAUCCACACGCAGAUCCACCUGUCCACUGAAAAUGAAGACCACGGCUGCUUACAGCUGGUCAACCCCACACACAUUCACAAUGGCGUGUACAGGCUGGUGGCAAAGAAUAAGUUCGGCCGGGACGAGAAGAAGGUCUCUGCCCAGUUCAUCCACCCACCCGAAACAGGAGAAGGUCCCAACUACGACUAUGCUCCUGAUACCCCGCUCCUGGAUGACAGCGUUGCUGUGUAUGUAGUUGUGGGGAUCGCAGGAGUUGCCCUGACUGGCUGUGUUCUGAUGGUGAUCAUCCUGAAAUACGGAAGAAACACCAAGUUCGGUAUUAAAGGCUCCUCCUCAGUCAUCAGUAAUGACGAUGACUCUGCCAGCCCUCUUCAUCACGUCUCCAAUGGCAACAACACCCCGUCGUCGUCGGAGAUGGGUCCAGACGCAGUGAUCAUCGGGAUGACAAAGAUUCCUGUCAUUGAGAACCCACAGUACUUCCGCAACUCCGGCAGCAUGCUGAAAUCUGACACGUUUGUCCAGCACAUCAAGAGACACAACAUUGUCCUGAAGCGGGAGCUGGGAGAGGGAGCCUUCGGGAAGGUCUUCCUCGCCGAGUGCUACAACCUGACACCGGACCAGGAGAAGCUCCACGUGGCGGUCAAGACUCUGAAGGAGGCCAGCGAGAGCGGCCGGGCGGACUUCUACAGAGAGGCCGAGCUCCUCACCAACCUGCAACACGAACACAUUGUCACCUUCUAUGGCGUGUGUGUGGAGAGCGACCCACUCAUCAUGGUGUUUGAAUAUAUGAAACAUGGUGACCUAAACAAGUUUCUCAGGUCCCACGGUCCUGAUGCAGUGCUCAUGGCAGACGGUCAACACAGUAUCUUGGUGGAGCUCACCCAGUCCCAGAUGCUGCACAUUGCCCAACAGAUUGCUGCUGGCAUGGUCUACCUGGCCUCCCAGCACUUUGUCCACAGAGACUUGGCAACCAGGAACUGCCUGGUCGGGGAGAACCUGCUGGUCAAGAUAGGAGACUUUGGCAUGUCCAGAGAUGUUUACAGCACAGACUACUACAGAGUGGGCGGUCACACGAUGCUGCCGAUCCGCUGGAUGCCCCCAGAGAGCAUCAUGUACCGGCGGUUCACCACGGAGAGCGACGUGUGGAGCCUCGGCGUGGUGCUGUGGGAGAUCUUCACCUACGGCAAACAGCCCUGGUACCAGCUCUCCAACAACGAGGUGAUCGAGUGCAUCACCCAGGGCCGCGUGCUGCAGCGGCCCCGCACCUGCCCCAAAGAGGUCUACGAUCUGAUGCUGGGCUGCUGGCAGCGGGAGCCCUACAUGAGGCUGAACAUCAAGGAGAUCCACAGCAUGCUCCAGAGCCUCGCCAAGGCCUCGCCUGUGUACCUGGACAUACUGGGCUGAGGCACCGGCGUUUCCUGGAUGAAGUUUGCGUGUGUGUGUGUGUGUGUGUGCGUGCGUGCGUGCGUGCGUGCGAGCCGGGGCUUCGUGAGUGUUUGCGUGUCGGUCUGUUUUGGGCAGAAGAAGAGGGGGGGAAAGGAAGGUUGUGCGAAUGCGUCCAUGUACAGUACCUGGCUGUAAAUGUUACUGUAAAUGCUAUCGUCCGUGUCCUCAUCACAUCGAGAAAAGCCUUAAAAUGUCCAGCGAUUUUUCUUUGAAAUUUUCUGUACCUAUCCAUUUGCAGACGUUACACUGGCAUGUUUCACAUAUGGAAACCAAAAUGUACACAGGAUCAUGUCACUUUAUCCGAAAAUCAUCGACAUUCUUUACAUAAAUGUAAAAAUGGCAUCAAAAUAUGAGAAAACCCGAUAAGCAGACACUGAUUACCGGGUUAUUCUACAUCCAUACGGUAUGUGCAAAGAGAAAACAACGAUUCUCCUUUGAUGGACAGCGUUUGGACACGACUUUAUUGUAGAUAGAGCUUUCUCUUCUUUCAGCAGUGUCACAGAGCAACAUAUUCUGCCAGAAGAUAGAAUUAUUCAUGAAGUUAUGGCUGCUAAGCUUUUUGGUUUUGUUUUACAUGUCCCAGACUUUGUCGUGGGUUUAAAUGUUUUCAUGUCGAGCCGUCGAUUCAAAUCUGUGGUUUUUGAGUCAUCUGCACACGCUUGUUUGAAUUUUGAACACGUGUGUAUGUCAUUAUACACGUGUUUAAAAAACUGUGUAAAAAGACCCAUAUAGAUCCUCCUGGAUGUCUGUUAUAUAUAUACAUAACCUGCUACUGAAAGAUUUUCCUAAUGUGAAACCAGUGUUAAGGUUAAGAAACACAAGGGCAUACCGCAUUUAAGACGUUUUAUUGUUUUUGUUUGUUUAUGAAAUAAGGCCGUAAUCAUUUGUCAUAUUUUUCUGUAAAUACCUGUUCUUAUUUUACGCCUCAUUACACAAAGGUCAUCGGUAUUCACAAAGUGGUGUUCUAAACGUCCUUGCAGUGCCCUGGUCAUUUUUCGCAAACUUUUCACGCGUUGUAUCUAAAGCACAGAGAAACGAGGACUGUGGAAAAAGAGAUGAGCACAUGUUGUUUUGUUUUUGUCUUAAUUUUUCACUCACCAGCAAUGCCAUCCAGCCAACCCUCGUUGUUCGGUGGCCCAUAUCUGUAAGUGGUGCGUGCUGCUGUGUGUGUGUGUGUGUGUGUGUGUGUGUGUGUGUGUGUGUGUGUGUGUGUGUGUGUGUGUGUGUGUGUGCGUCUUCAGAGGCAGGUCUCUCAAAUGUUGUGGGUGUUGUUGAUGAGAUUGCGUUCACGGUUAUGGACGAGAGAGGAGAUGAGCUCACGUAGUGCCGUCGUCACCGUGCACUCAUUUCAAAUAGGUUACAUUGACUGAGGACUCGAGUGUUUUCAGCAUUUGUUUGGUUGUGCGCAUAUUGGAAGUCACGACUUGUUUACUUGUUAUUUAUUUCCAUUAGCACGGAGCAAUUUGAAGAUCUAAUCUUUAAUUCUACAUGGUAGGCUGAGAGACUGCAGUAAAAGGAUUAAUUAAGAGGCCGAUCGGCCUUAAAGUGUCCCCCGGGGUGCUUUCAUCUCGCUGAGCGGCCCCACUCAGCCGGGUGGUAACUGAUCCGGCUCCUCGCUCCGGGCAGCGGCGCAGCACAUUUGUAGGCAUUUUUUCCUAAGGAGCCCCCUUUCCACUUGAAACUAGAUUAUUAAAAUGCACUCUCGUUAUCAUUUCUCCAAAUGAUCUUCAGUAGUUCUGUUUUCCCCGAGAGAGAAAAUAAAAUGACUAAAGCAAGUGUGGCGGCGCCACAGUAUUGAACCAUCCACACUAACCGCAUUCAUCUUUGGAAACACAAUGGCAGCAAUCAGGCCUCGUAAUAACCAUCACGUGUUUCCAUACGGAGGCAUGAAGCAGUGAGGAUAUUUGUGCUGAGACCACACGUUAUGUUAAGUGCACUUUGUUGCACUUAACCCCCAACUGCACAACCAGAUCAUCCACCUCGACCUCAGCUGCACUUGAAAAAAAACAACCGACAACAUUUCACGCUUGCUGCCUAAAGCAAGAAGCUUUGACGUAUGGUGACAGUUUCUUUGUGUUUUUUUAUCACAGCGUUUUGUCAGUUCUGUAUAAUAACCACGUGUCUGCUGUACAUAGAUCGCUGUCCAUUCUGUACAGUUCUGAUAUUUGUCUAUAUGAAUAGUAGGAUAUGUUUAAUAGUAUAAUCUGUUUGAAGCAGGUAUCAUGUCGAAACUGUGUGACAUCUAUUGGAGACAAUGUGUUAUGGGCCACUGGCAAUACAAACUACGUGUAAAUAGGAUUUUAUUUGUGCUACAUUGUAUAAUUCCUUCAUGCUCGUUCAUAAUACCAGUGAGAAUACAAUCCUUUUUUUUGGCAACUUUUGAUCUGCAGAGGACUUUCUUUGAACAAUGGUGUUUUUCUCUGAAGAGGAGGAAGAAGAAGAAGAAGAAGAAGAAGACAAAGGGAAAUAUGAUCUCCUCUAUCCUCUCCGCUGUGACGGGGAGCUCACGCAGAGACUGUUUGAGAUGCUGCCUGUCCGCAGGAGGACCAUAGACUCUGGAUCUGAUUCGACAGCAGGACCCCUCCUCGCAGACAGGCGUCCGAGCGGCACGGAGGCCGACGCCGCCACUCGACCACUGACUGACCGUAGCCCAUUUUGAUCCUCUCUCAGAUGAAUAACUGUGACUUUGCAUCAUGAAUAGUAUAUUAUUUCGAAUGUAAUCUAGAAGGGUCGGGAACCUUUUUUGAAUGUAAUCUAUUUUUGGGGAGGUGGGGCGGGGGGGGCGGGGAUGGAUUAUUGAUUUUUUUUUUUGUUGUAAAUACAUGGUAAAAGAGAAAAAGAUUACAGUUUUCAUUCUUGUGCAGAUAACAAACAAAUUUUACUUACUUUGUGAAUACAAAGCGAGUGCGUAUGUGUUUAUGUGUGACCAGUGUCUCUGAGAUGGUGCGUGUGCAUUUGCACACGCACCCGUAUGCAGGAGUGCGCGUGUGUGUGUGUGUGUGUGUGUGUGUGUGUGUGUGUGUGAGAGAGAGAGAGAGAGAGUGUGAGUGCGAGCGUGCAUGUGUGCGCGCGUGCGUGUGCUCUUCUGGCAGAUUUAAUCCUGCUGUAAUCAGCCAGUUCUAUCAAUCAAUUCAAUGCUUUGUGCAUCAUGUGAGUAGCUUAUCCACAAUUAAUGGAAAUGUUCCUUGUGAUACUGUGCAUUUAAUAAAGGUGGUAUGUCUUACAAUA